AAGGAACUGAUUUUAUUUUGGUAUGGAUCCAGGAAUUUUUCCACUGAUUUCCCACAAUAAUACAUUUAGAUGAAAAAAAUCAUGCAAAUUUAGGGGACCUUUUCUACAAGUGUGUGCAAUUUAAUGCAGCUUGACUGAAUUUGAAUGGACUAUUGAGCCCUAGUUUAGCCCAAACUAAAGAAGUGAAGUGCAACCCUCUGCAGUCAAUCUGGCUGCGUUGCCUCAACAGUAAGAUCUGAAUUCAGCUGAGGAGCACAUUAACAGCUGCGGAAUCAGUUUCUCAGGAUCCGGAAAAACAGCUCCUCAAACUGUUUCAUCAGCUUGUACCUCACUGUGAUGUUGAAAGGUGAAGGAACGUCCUCCUCUGAACAAACGUCAUCAAAAUAAGCCACCAUGUAUUUUUCAAAGGAUGCAGAUCGGAUGAAAUGUGGGACCAGGAGGCAGAGGGCUGGAGUGAGCAUGUCGCCUACAGCUGACAAGAGGCAUUCAACCAUGUCUGAGGGACCUAAAAAAUCAAAGAUCUCUGCCUCUCGCAGACUGGCUCUAAAGACCAAACUGCUGAAGAUGGCGACAGUGAUGUUGGAGAAGGAGAAGGAGGAGAAGAAACUGGAGAAAGAAAGUGCUCUGAGUAAGAGAGUCCCUUCUCUCCAGCUGUCUGAUUUGUCCCUGCAGGACCUUCAGGCUGUGUGCAAAGACCUGCACCAUAAGAUCGAUGUGGUAGAUGAUGAGCGCUAUGACAUUGAAGCUAAGGUGGUGAAAAAUAACAAGGAGCUUGAGAAUCUGGCUCUGAAGAUCUUUGAGCUGAAGGGCAAGAUGAAGCGGCCCGCUCUGAAGAGGGUGAAGAUCUCAGCCGACGCCAUGCUGGGAGCUCUGCUGGGCUCCAAGGUGAAAGAGUCUGUGGACUUCAAGGCCAACCUCAAGACUGUGAAGAAGGAGGAGGAGAAGAAAGAGGAGGUGACUGACUGGCGUAAGAACGUGGAGGCCAUGUCGGGUAUGGAGGGCAGGAAGAAGCUGUUUAAUGCAGGACAGUAGAUCUGUAUUUUGGGAUAUUUGUAAUAUGAAUGCUCUUUUAAAAUGGACAGAAAUAACACGGCAAAUAGUUUUUCUGCACACAAUUUGCAAGCAAGUGUGAGUGUGCAAUAUUCACAUUUAAAAUUCAAUUCAAGAUUCAAAG